AUGCAGAUUUUGUAUAGCAUUUUAUCUUCUUCCUAUCUUUUCUUUUUCCCUCAGUUUCCUCAAAUAAUUAGAUAUGGAGCGUCAUACGAAUAUGAAAUAGAUUUGGCAAAGCCUGGAGGUCUAAUGAAGUUAAAACUGUCUGGAAAAGACAGAAGACAAUAUCAUAUAGCCUUAGGAGCUGUUUUGUUUUUAAAGCCUUGCCUGUCUGGAGAAUCUCACAAUGGAAAUCAAGACAAUGGCCAUUUAGUAACGCCAUUAAACCAAACUCCUCCUAAUCCUCCUCCUGGAUCAGUAACUAAUAAAAUAUCAAUUGACCAGGCAACCCCAUUUGCCACAAAAAGUACUCAUACAAUCAACACCAUGUCACCUACCCUUUCCUCUCCUGCCAUUGUUGUCAUUUCUUUCCUAGUCUUCUUCCUCCUCCCUUCUGCAUAUUCUUCAGACUUUUUGUCAGAUUAUAAAAGGUCCUCAGUCCCGAAAUUUGAUGUGAAUUUGUUGGAGUUUCCUCUAAAUCUAGAGUAUUUAGAGGCUGAGUUUUUCUUGUAUGGUGCUUUGGGUCAUGGCUUGGAUAAAGUUGCUCCAUAUUUAGCCCAAGGAGGUCCAUCUCCCAUUGGUGCCAAAAAGGCCAAUCUUGAUGCUUUGACCAAAGAUGUAGUCCUACAAUUUGCUUACCAAGAAGUUGGACACUUGAAGGCAAUUAAGAAGACUGUGAAAGGAUUUCCAAGGCCACAACUUGAUUUGAGUGCAUCAUCAUUCGCAAAAGUAAUCGAUCAUGCAUUUGGGAAGCCAUUGGUUCCCCCUUUUGACCCUUAUGCCAAUAGCAUCAAUUACCUGAUUGCUUCUUACUUAAUUCCUUAUGUCGGACUUACCGGAUAUGUUGGUGCAAACCCAAAACUCCAGGGAGCUGUUUCAAAGAGGCUGGUUGCUGGCCUCCUGGGGGUGGAAUCUGGCCAAGAUGCUGUUAUCAGAGGAUUGCUAUAUGAGAAGGCACUAGUGAAGGUUAGUCCAUAUCAGACAAGUGUUGCUGAAUUCACAGGUCGCAUUUCGGAACUAAGGAACAGGCUGGGACAUGCUGGGAGGAAAGAUGAAGGCCUUAUUGUUCCUAGAACUUGGGGUGCUGAAGGAAAAGUCAUAGGCAAUGUGCUUGCUGGAGAUCAAUUUUCUGUUGCAUUUGACAGGAGCCCAGAAGAGAUUUUAAGGAUUGUAUAUGGAAGUGGCAAUGAAAGCAUCCCUGGAGGGUUCUACCCCAAGGGAGCUAAUGGCCAUAUUGCCAGGUCUCAUUUGCAUCACUAGCUUUACUUGAGUAGUAGCGUCUGGUUGUUUUAGUCCACCACGUUUCCCUUUGCUUAAGAACUAGAGAACUAGUGCAAAUAAUUUGUACCAUCUACUUUUAAUCAUAAAUGAUUUGAAUUAGAGAUUUAGUUUUCUCCUCGUUAUCUAUCAAAAUUCGAAGGCCAAAUCUCAGUUACUGUAUAGAGGAUAACAAGGCAAUGCAAUAUAAAAAUCACAAUUCAGCAGGUGCAUUUUUAUUCUGAAAUAGACAUUUUGGUUCUGCACUAAUCAGUUUCAUCCAAGGGAUUGCCGCUGCUGCAGCGUUGUAAAUAUCUUUACAAGGGACAUAGUCAAUGCCAUCGUCUGCUAAGAAAAACAUAAAUCAAGUUCUCACAAGGUUUCCAUGAAUCAGAGCCAGUUUUAGGCCAGUGGACUUCUUAUUGGUGAAAAAUUACGACAUGACAGGAUAAUGGAGAACUGGGUGGACGAAUAUUUCAGGCUCAAAACUACCAAAUGAGUUUUUUAAGAUAAUAAUAAGAGUAAGUUUUUCAUCUUCAGAUGUUGCUUU